UUUAAAAAGUUCGUGGCAUUUAUUUACUAUCAGAAUUAAAUACUUGAAAAUCUUACUUUGGAAGGCAACUACAGCAACUUGUUGGUUUGUUUCUGCAAGAACAUCCAGUAUCUGCAGCAACCUACGAAGGAACAACGAUAAGUCUAGUGCCAGUUCUCGUCCUUGAGCCUAAUUCACUGCAAAACUCACUGACCACCAUCAAAACGACCGCACCCAAGAGGAAUUAUUAAUUUUCAUUUCACAAUAAACGACCGAAAAACUCCAAGCUUCAUACAACUUGUAAUAUUUCGUGAAGAGGUCGCACUAGAGGAGCGACGGAAAAAAUAUUACUUUCGCAAACACCUCCACCCAACGCAACAAGAACCGCUUACUUACGACGUGAAGACCGUGGGCGGCUGCAACGUAGUUCGAGUUCCACAAAAAUUUCCGACGAUCCGGAUCCAGCUGCAAAAACACGAGAAGAAGACUGCAAAACCUGUUGUAGUUCCUAGGAGCAGGACACCAUGCUGAAGACCGUCGGAGGUUUCUUCCUGCUGCUUGCCGACCAGAGCUCGGAGACCGCGGCCUUGCGCAUGCCGAUACGACAAAAAAGCAUUAGCGUUAGCGUUUUGACAUUUGCUGGCGAAAGCCAAACUUUUUCUAAUUCUAUUUCUAGCUAGUGAGGUAGCUGUGUUCCGUUCAGACAGAUUCGCGCUAACUGGAAGCAGUGGAAGCAGUCUCUUCGGCCGCGGAGCGGAUCGGAGACGAUACCGCCAAAGAUGUGGGCGACGGCUCGGCCGCGCACAUGUCUGGGGCUUCAGGGACUUCCGGCUACGCGACCUCCUGACCAUGCGGGGGGCUGGCAAACCGUCGCUCUUGGAGUGCCUGAAGACUCGUUUUUGGCUUGCGGCGUUUGAGCCCGAGCAAGAUGAUCAAGCUGCCCAAAGUCUGGCAUUAGCGUUUCUGUCCUCGGAGGUCAUUUCGACCCCCUGAGCAGAGGCGAAUUUGAAUGGUCCACAAAAAAAACGCUAAUACCAAACUUUUUUUUCCAGCUACAGGUCGUGCCAAAGUUUGGCAUUAGCGUUUUUUCCUGGUACUCGAAAAAACGCUAAUGCUAAAUUUGUUUUUCCAGCAUUAGGUGGUGCCAAAGUCUGGCAUUAGCCUUUAUUCCGGGCGCCCAAAAAAAGUGCGGCUUUUGUGCGGUUCGGAAAAAAACGCUAAUGGCGGGGUUUGGCACGACCUAACGCUGAAAAAAUAUUUUUGGCAUUAGCGUUUUUUUGGGUGGCUGUAAAAAACGCUAAUGACAGACUUUGACACGAACUAUAGCUGGAAAAAAAAUUUCACCAUUAGCGUUUUUUCUGUUGACCACACAAAUUUGCAUCAGCUGGCCAUCAAAUCUGUAGAUUUUUGAUGGCUCGGCCACGAAACGCCAGUAGACACCCAAAAGAAAUGCAAACCCGCACUACAAUCUGCCCCGAACCUGGUCAAAUCAGGCAAAAGCCCGGCGACGAUGGUGGCAGCCCGAUGGCGGGUGGAUUUCAUCCAGAACGCUUGGGCACUGAAGUACGGACCAACGGCGGAGAGGAUCUGCAACAAAAUGCCGGAGGAUACGAAGGGGCGCCGGCUUCCUGUUGCACCGGAGGAGAAGGAUACACACUUAGCUGACGGAUGUUCGUCUGAGCGUGAACUUGCUAACUUAACAUGCAAAAUCAAAAAAAAAAUUCGCUUGUUUGAAAAAAUUCGAAAACGCUAACGCUAAUGCUUUUUUGUUCGAUGAGGUUUCUUCCUGCUGCUUUCCGAGCAGAGCGCGGAGACCGCUGCCUUGCGCAUGCCGAUACGACAAUGCACAACUCCUCCCCCUCCCCCUCAUUCUAUUUUCCAUGCCACAUGCCUCUUUGUUAUUGUUUUAUUUCCGGAAAGAACAACCAAAACAGCACUUGCACUUCUAGAAUCGGAGGUCGCCAAUAAUUUCUAGUGCAUAUUAUUAUUAAAGCUGCAGAGAAUAAUUUAUUGCCAGAGCUUGUGAUGUUCUUGCUGUGGAUGUUCUUGCCAUUGAAAUUUUUAAGGGGAGGAGGAGGUAUGUACUCUCAUAUCCGAACGGCUUCGCCCGCCCGGCCCAGCCGAACGAGUCGAAGUUUCUGCAGGUGCAACACCAGGUAGAUAUGGUGCUUGUUUAGGAAAAUUGUUUAUUUUCAAAUGACUCUUACUGUCGCCGCACUACAAAAAGAAAAAUUAAAAUGAUGAACACCCCCACCCCUGAAUGCAAAGUCUGAAAUACUUAGUACUUUUGAAAUUAUGGGUUCUUGGAAUUUUUGCGUCAACGUCAAGAAAGAAAGUAGUGCCCACUUGCUUUUGAGUUAACAGAACGACUGGAAGUUUCUGCAGGUGCAUCAUCACCCGGUCGUGGCGGAGGAGAACAAGCAGGACGCAGCCAGGGAGAACACCGAGGAAGUGGAAGACUGCUGCGAGGGCGACCAGGCGGUCCCGUCGAUCGACGACUUGCCCGAGGACCCCGAGUCGACCCCUGCGCAAGGAGGUGGAGGUCGCAGCAGACGUUUCCUGGCGUCGAGCAGCGCCGGCUCGGCGGCUCGCAGCGGUGGUGCUACGGCUCGCAGCGGUGCUACGGCUCGCGGCGGCGCUACGGCCGCCUCCGCGACCGCGACCGCUAAGGCGGGUGGGACCACAACUCCGACCGGCACGGUUCCUCCACCUCCGGCUGGGGCGACAACUCCGGCUACGGCUCGCGGCGGUGGGACCACAACUCCGACCGGCACGGUUCCUCCACGUCCGGCUGGGACGACGAGCGCCGCGGCGCCUCCGGGCAGCAGCAGCUCCACCCCGCCCACGCCCACGACCGCACCAGCUGCAUCUACUCCGGUCAGCGUUGCCUCUACUCCGACGAGCGCGGCGGGGGCGAAGGGAGGACCGCAGGACCCCGUCAAAGUGGUUUCGCCAGAGGACAAGGUGGGCGCCGAAGACGAAGAAGAAGAAGACGAACAACCGCCCUGCUGCGGUGGAGAAGCUGAGCAAGACGAGGAUGACGAGAAGGCUUCCUCGGGUGGUGCUGAGCCUGAAGAACCCCUGAAACAACCGGGCGGCUCCGGAGGAGGUGGACUGUCGGCGCCGGGCACUCCUGUCACGCUUCCCGACGGUGCGGAGGGGCGGACAUCAACCCUCCCUUCGAUCCCGGGUCCCACGACGUCUGAAGAUACCGCUUCUCCUGCGAAGACGACACCUCCGACACCGACGUCCGAACAAGAGGGCCCGUCCGCUGGCACGACGAAACUGGUGCACAUGCACGGACACGUGGACGGGUACGUGCCCGGGGGGGAGGUGCACGGGCACGUGAGCGGGAACAUGGAGGUGCAGGGGAAGGUGCCCUCCGGGAGGCUUGCGGUGCACGGGUUCAUGCACGUCCCACCCGAAAAAUCACGGGACGAUGAACACCAACCCGCUGGGUAUGCAAGAAAAAAGUACAUACAGCCACGACAGCGACACCAGACUCAUCAAUUUGUAGUACUGCGUUCUUUCUAGUUGUACUAUGCUAAAGGUAGUCUACCUAGUACAACUCAAGCUUUUGUAAGGCCCCUGUAAGUAGUGCCCUAAGCUCACAGACUGCUUUAGGUAAGUAGGAGGGACGAGAGGGACGGAAGAACAAAUAUCCGCAGCUCUUGCACGACCAAUGCGUGGUUUGUAGUCUAGUAAUCAUGUAGUGUGCUGUAUGUGAUUUCGCAGAUCUAAGAAACAGCCUUUAAUUAUUUUCUACUUCUGUCGCCCAAGUAGAUCUACUAGUUCUAGAUACCGCAGACUGUUGUGAAAAUCGAUGCGGAUGACUUCUGUAGGUGUAAAUGUUGAUCCAAGCAACGAAAUAAACGACAACUAGUGUUGCUCCUGGAGUACAAAAACGUACACAUUGAUUUGAUCAAGACGAGGCAUACUUUAUUUCGCCGGUUGAAUACAACUAGAUAGAAAUCGAUGAUCGUCCAACGGCAUAAAUAAUAGAGUUCGCAGGACUUCUUCUGCUGGAGUGGAACAAGUACUUUUUUUUGUAUUAUACUGGCCAGCACGUCGCCGAGGAAGAAGAAGUGGUGGCUCGACCUUCUGCUCCCGCGACGCCGACGCAUGGGCAGGAUGUUGUUGUUGACGAUGCGGGAUCCACCGUGCCCGAGCCCGAGCCCGAGGUGGAAGAACACGUGCUGGAGGCGGCUCCUUCUGGGUCCGCGACGCCUCCGACGCGUGAUGACGAUGAUCUGGAAUCGAGGUCCAGUCACCACGGCGAGGUGGUGGAGGAACAACCUCCAGCUCCGGAAGAAGAGGGGACUCCUUCCGCGACUUUCCCGACGCGUGAUGACGAGGAUCUGGAAUCGACGUCCAGUCACCACGGCGAGGGAGAAGAACAACUUCCAGCUCCGGAACAUCACGCAGUGGUCACGGAACAUGGUUCGAACCUCGACUUUCUGCCGCCUCCUGACACAACUGUGGUGUCGGAGGAUGCGAAAUUUCCCGAUCUUGGUCGCGAGCGCGAGGACGACCAGGCUAUGCAUUCGAAAAAUGUCUGGGUCUGGAAGGAUGCACGUUGUCAUCCUGAGUCUGGAUAGUACAAAAAUUUCUGUUGCAUGAUUACCAAGAGGUGUCCACAGUUGAACAAGUUUAGCGGCAGUUUAUCAUGCAGGAUAGACAUGAUAGAGACAGACUUCGCAGAUGAAGCUGUUUUUAUGCUAGGCCCUGCAUUGCAGACCUCACGCGGCAUGGAAAAUAUGCAUGACAAGUUUGCAUUCUUCCAGACGUCCAGGGAUAUUUGCAUUUGAUACAGGCCAGCACCACGGCUGCGUCCGAGGCUCCUUCGGAGUAUGCUGCAAGUGAGCAGGAGGAGGGCGCUGCAUCCGAGGUCGGCGAAGCCGCGCGGGAAUUGGAGGAAGCUGAGGCCUAUGCACUGCAAAAGUGUCUGGGUCUGGAAGGUUGGAAUUUGUGAUGCUGUCUGUGGAUUCUAAAGAAAUCUGUAUUGCAUGACCAGCCAGAGGAGCCCAGUUUGUGCUACGCGGGGAGGGCAUUUCUCAUGCGGAAUAGGCAUCAGGAAGCCCUGUAAGAAUCUGUGAUGCUAGGUCAUGCAUUACAGACGUCAUGUGUCAUGCAAAAUAUGCAUAACAAACCUGGCAACCUUCCAGACCCAGACACUUUUACAUUUGAUAAGGCCGCCGAGCAAGCGGCCAAGAAGCAGGACGAAGUGGCGGACAAAGCGCUCGAGGAAGCGCAGCAGGCCGCGCACGACCAUCGCGACACUCUAUCAAAUAUAGAAAAAUGAUUCUCGUCUCUCGUCCCCAGAAGCACUCAGAAACAAAACCCGAAUUUGACGUGUGGCGCAUAGAUCAUGUUUGUCUCACAGUGAAGACGAGGCGCAGGCAGUAGGUUGAUGUAAGCCUCCUGAAAUUUUGUCUGUAAAGAAAUGGGAAUGUUAGUGCGCUGUAGCUUUUUGGCAUCUACUUAUGUACAUGACAGACAGCUGCCAUGAAGAGUCCAAUUAUCGAGCAUGAGAACUCGCCCGCAGAACAAUCAUUCCGCAGGCACCUGCUCAGCCAUUGCGUUCUUGCAAGACAGAAACGGCGGUUCUAUUUGUGGCCACAUAGUAAGUAGUUCUUGUACAACUAGCAUGACACCAGCUUUCCGUAUUGACUACCAUACGGGGACGACCGAGGAGGGAUUCAUUUUCCAGCAUGAUAAACGCCCCCAGAGGUUGUUACGGCUCUGGACCAGGCCGUAAAGGCGGAAGAACGGGCGGACGACGCCGAGUCGGUGGCCGCCGAGGAGCAGCGCAAACUCGCGGAGGAGGCCGCGAAGUUUGAGCACUCUGCGACACCCGAACAGCUCGCCGAGCUGGAGCGAGCUGUCAGCCUCGUAGCGGAAACGGAGAAGGAGGCUGGUGACGCGCAGAAGAAGCUGGGAGAAGAAGUGGAUGACGUGACCAAAGCGGAAGAGGACCUGAAAAAUGCGGAAGAUGCAGCCACGGAAGCUGCUCUAUCAAAUGCAAAUAUCUUCGAUCUGGGUCUGGAAGAAUAGAAAGCGAUGAAAUUUGGAUGCAUCCUGUGGUGCUGAUGCACACAAAAAUCUGUGUUGCAUGACAUGAUUGCCAAGCGUAGUUGCCCAAUUCAUUGUGGUGAAGGUGAGAAGGAGUUUCCCAUGCAGAACAGGCAUGACCCCCUCACAGAAGAACAAUCUGCGAACAACUACAUGCUAGGAUCUCCAUUCCGGACCUUAAUAUGGGGCAUGAAUAUCAUAAUGAACCUGUCGAUGACUACAAACCUUGCAAGGCUCCUCCAGAUGACCCAGAUCGAUACUUGCAGUUGAUAAGUUUCGGACACCGCAUCGGAGAUGACGGGUGAGCCGGAGGCGGAGACUGAACCGGAGGUGCGCCAGCACGCGAUCGAAGAAGUGGAACACGCGGAACAACACCUCGCGGAGGAAAGAGAGGAGGAGAAGGAAGCCGCGCGAGAAGCCGAGGAGAAGGAAGCCGAGGCGAGGGCAGCCGCAGCGGCGGUCGAAGAACUGGUGCCUGCGACGAUUCACGAACAAACGGAAAAAACGGUGGCGGCCGCUGCCGAGGCCAAGCGGAUGCGGGACGCGGCGCACGCGGCUCUGGAGCAGGCCGAGCGUGACGUCCACGACAAUUAUCCCAACGUGCCUUCGGAAGUGGUUGAAAAAGUGGAGAAGGCGCUUUCGGAAGAAGAAGCCACGCGGAACUUGCAAAAGGCCGCGAUCGAGUACGCCAAGGUGGCCAACCAGGGUCGCAACGCCAUGACGUCGGUGGGUGUCCAGACGGAGCAGCACCCGCAGCAGCCCGAGGAGGAGCCCACGCACGAAGAGCCCGCUGUUGUGGUUCCGACGAAGCACACCGAGGUGGAGGUGAUGCACGCGGUUGUGAAGGAUAUCCAAGAGAAAAAGACAGAAGGCAUUGUAAAAUGCAAUAAAAGUAUUAAACCGAAACUUCUAUGAGUUAAAAUCAAGUGUCUAAAACUAUGACUAACUGUAACUCUACCACAAGAUGGUGCUGGCGGUUGGCAAUUUUUUAAAAAAUUUUCUGCAUUGCAAAUAUGUCGUACUAGUUCUGUCUUUUUCUGUGGGAUAGAAGAGGCCGUGCAUGAACUCCACUAUGCGAAGAAAGUUCAACACCAGGCCCAAGCCGAACUCAAGGAGGCGGAAGAGGAGCAGGCGGCGGCCGCAGACCAUGUCGCCGAGGCGGAGGAAAAGCACGAUGCUGCCGAAGCUGAAGUCGCCGCUGCGGUUGAAGAGGAGGCUGAGGCCGAAGACCUUGCCUCCGAAGCGGCGGAAAAGCAGGAUGCGGCCGAAGCUGAAGUCGCCGCUGCGGAGGAAGAACAGGCUGAGGCCGAAAGUGAAGCCGACAAGGCGGGGGACGAGCACGCAACGGCCGCGGCGGCCGCGGCGACCGUGGCUGCGGCCGAAAACCGUGUCGCUGACGCGACGACGGAGCACGCUGCGGCCGACGGCCUCGUCGCUGCGGCGGCAGAGGAGCACGCUGCGGCUGUGAAAAAGCACGAUGCGGCCGCAGCCGAACUCGCCACUGCGGAGGAAGACAAGAAGGAGGCCGAAGCGGAAGUCGCCAAGGCGGGGGAAGACCAGGCAACUGCCAACAUAUUCCAAUGAAAAGUGUUCAUCUUUCGUUUCCACCCCGGACGUAAGUAGAAAUUAUUGCAGAUGAAAUUUAUGAUGCAUAACGUUUUCAAAUGAAAAUCUGUUUGUCCUCUAGCGUCAUCAUGAAAUAAAGAGACCACGUAAUAAAUGAGUGGUCUUGUAGUUUCUGAUACAGAACUACUCCUAGCGUUGUGAGCAAGGUUGUACUAUGUCAUAGUAUAAUCUUGCUCACGACGCUAGGAGUUUUUUUACAUAACAGGUCAGGUGGCUGUUCGUGGGCUACAGCUCGUCUCGAUGUACAACGCGAGAAACUCUACCUGUAUUCAGCAUUAAGAAUCAUUAUUGAAACAUGCAAUAUUAGGUGGGGAAUGUCAAUGUUUCCAUUGCAUGGGAACAACUACGCUUUGCAAUACAAAUGCUGCCAAGUAGUAGUUUUGGGGUCCUCGUGGGCGGGGCACUUUUCAUUGUAAUACAAGGCGGCCGUGGCGGUGGCCGAAAACCAUGUCGCUGAGGCGAAGGAACAGAAGGAUUCAGUAAUCCGCUCUAUUGUCUGUUCCAUUGUUGUUUGCGGGAACGUGCGGAACAUGAACGUGCACAACUACGGAGGGAACAUUGCACCAUAAAGGCGGAAAACAAGCGAACGUGGCGCGUCGAGUUGGUGAAAGGGUGGACAAUUUUCUUGAAGAGGUCGACGACAACAUGAUUUUAUCGCAGACAAAAGCUGUAGCUGUUUCACUGUCGCAGUGGUUGUGCAUGAAACAUCGCAUGGCAUGAUGUCCGUAAGGGUAAAACAAAGACUAGCCCGAGAAGGUGGAGGAGCACUCAGGAGUUGGAGUUUGAAGACCUUGCUCACUGAUAAUGUAUGAUGAUGAUGAUCACGAUAAAUUUCGACUCGUGGUGAGUCCACCGGGCAAACCUUAGGUGGAGAGGACGACACGGGCAAAACUUAGGUGCCCUUUCUUGCAUCUCUAGCAGAGAAGUAAGUGCAAGUGCAUACUCCGCAUCACAAGUUCGCAGCAAAACAGUUUUGCCUUGCGAUACGACCAAGGCGGCCACACCGCAGUGAAGAGAAGAGGCGAGAUCAUGCAGCUACAACAAAAUGCGUAGAACCACAAGUCGCCUUUUUUGUUUUUCAUUUUAAACUUUUUACUGGGAAAGCUGACGAGCGAGCAUAAUUCAAUUUAGUUGAAGAUUUUAUUUCCGAAUCUUGCGCGUGAUCUUUUUGUUUUUUUUCUUUUUGACUUUCUAUGUAUAAUAAAAGAGGCAGCAAGUUGAAGUUGCUGCUAUACGUUUUUGAUUGCAGGAUUGCACACUAAAAAACUCAUGUCAUCAAAGCGGUAGAGAAGAUGACAGCAAUGUGGUGCUGCCAUGAUCUUCGACGUUCGCUAACUAUUAGAGUUCUGCACUGACACAAAAACAAAAUCGAGGUCGAAGACGCCGUGUAUUUCUAAAAAACAAGACAGCUUGAAUUUUUUUAAUACACAUCAGAGACCGCGCGUAUUCUAUUGGCUGUACUUUAUUUUUGUCGAAUUAGUGAAGUUUUUUUUUUGAAAAGGAUCAGCGGAGCGCCCAAUUUUUCUUGCUUCACUGAAGGAGCAGGAACGCGAUAAUGCCGUAAGUUGGUCGAUAAUUUAUCCGAAGCAUACUAGUUGUACAUGAUUAAGAUUAUAGAGGAUGUGGUAAGUUUUCCUUUUCAUCCGUGCAGCUGCCUACUAUCCAUCGCGUUAAUCUUCGUUCUAGCCAGCCACUUUCGAACCGGAUGGAAACGAAAUAAAUGCCGUGCUGGCCCGGGAGGGACUAAUAAAUCACCAGGUCGAGACUCGACCUGGUGAUUUAUUCCCUCCUCGGAGGUGGAUGGAUAGAUUGAUUACAAGUUGACUCCCUCCUCGUCGAGAUGUUUCUGAGGACAUGCACACCUCCCUCGAGGACGUUUUCCGGUCGUAAGUCCCUCCUACCGGCCUACGGCCGCUUUUGUGACGGUAAGUGUAAAAAAAAAGAAUAUCGGUUGAAGAACUGGGAGCCCG